AUGUCGGUGAACCUCAUAACCGAAGAUGAUCGCCGCAUGUCGAAAAAUCCCAGUGACAUCCAGGGACUUACAGCAAGGCCGACCCAGAAAUUCUUGCGCUUUCAACGGCCGUUUACUCGGGAAGUCAGCCAAACACUUACCAUAGAAAACAACAACACUGAGCCGGUGGCAUUUAAGGUCAAAACAACAGCACCCAAAAGCUACUGCGUGCGCCCAAACUCUGGCCGGAUCGGAGCCGGAGAGAGUGUAGAUGUCCAAGUUCUCCUUCAGGCAAUGAAAGAGGACAAUGCUGUUGUUCAUACAAAAGACAAAUUUUUGGUGCAGUCUGUCACUGUAUCCACCGAUAAAGAUUUCUCGAAUGUCAGCUCGAUCUGGCAGCAUGUUGAACAGACCUCAAAAAGUUCGAUUCAUGAGCAGAAAAUCAAAGUAGAAUUUCUGCCGGCCAAAACUUCAACUGAGCAACCUGCAUCCAGUGCAGUCAAUGGAGCCGCUUCGCCCGAGGAGGAGCCUCCCACAUACACGUCCCCCACCACCUCCAAAUUUGAUACCCCAGCAGCAACCCGCGCUUCUCCGCCUGAUACGACGUCACCAGCGGCAGAAACACAAGAGUUCAACACUUCACCUCCUCCCGCUACAGCUCAGCCAAAGCCUGCAAACGAGAAUAUUCUAAAGGCUCAACUUGCGGAAGCGAAAGCUCAAAUUGAGAAAUUGAAAGACCAGCUUGCCGAUCAGGGUCUCAGACAACGGAAAAUCGGCACCACACAAGGAUUGACGACAUCUACCGGGUUACAGCAGCAACAACCCCCUCAGGCAGCAGAAUUUGGCGUCCCUUUGCCGGCCGUUGCCGGUCUUUGUUUUCUCAGUUUUCUCCUGGCAUACAUCUUCUUUUAG